AUGGGCGCUGGCAGCUCGAAACCCGAGGCCUCGACCGGGUCAAAACACAUUUUCGAGAGCAACUCCCCCAUUCAAUUCUCCUCCAACCUCGUCGACGGCCUGCAAUCAAACACCGAAACCGACUCCGCCCGCGCCAAAUCCCUCGAACUCCAAAUCCAGGCCCGCGUCUCAGAAGAGCUCUCCCGUCUCCGCGCUCGCGAACAACAGACCCUCGCCGAGAUUGAGAAGCGCCUCGCCGAAGUCAAAGACACCUCUAGCUCCUCUACCACAACGACAAGCCCAAGCGCCGGCUACGCGCCUCCCGCGGGCUCUCUGGACCUCGACGCACCUCGGAUUCCCUUCGCUGGCCGCGAGUACACGCCCGUUCCGCAAGCCGCUGUUACCGAGAUGGCAGUCCCUGUUAACCGCGAACUGAGCCGGGAAUCUGUAAACACGGAGAUUGAGGAGCUAAGGGCUAAGCUCGAAGGGCGGAAGAAGCUUGCUGAUCUUGACGAUGGGGUUCUGAAGGCGAGGGCGGAUGUUGUUAGCUGCUUAAGGCUCAACGACCGACGGCCGUUGGAUUGCUGGAAGGAGGUGCAGGAGUUCAAGAAGGAGGUCGCGAGGCUUGAGGAGGCGUUUGUGGAUCGGAUUGUGGGUUGA